UUAAUAUUAUGUAAUCCUUCUACGACAUUUAGUAAUUGAAUGUAUAAUAAUUAAACACAAUUCAUAUGGAAAACAAUCACUGAGUUUAUUUCACAUUACGUUUUAACAAGUUCCUGACUCAAUGACAGAGCUUAUGAUGCAACGCGCACGCGCUAACAAUUCGGCCAAACCAUGUGACUUUUAAGCCCCCGAAAAAUGUAAUCGAUUCGCAUUAAUAAUACUUUUCGGCGUGUAGAGUGAAUGUUUGAGGAAAAUGAAACCCAGAUUGAAAUCGGCUUUAUAUUUGAUAUGCCUGCCAUUUGUUCUUUUAAUACUUUAUACAUACCAAAACUUUAAUGGUGGAAGUAUAACUUUUCAGCCGAAAAUGUCGAACGGGAAAAUUGGAACAAAAUAUUCCGAACGAAUACCAGAGACAAGGACAAGCUCAAAACAAACGUAUACAAAACAGGUUGUCGUCAAAAAAGCAAUAUCGCAAUUUGACAACGAAAAACAAAGGAAGGUUGUGCCAGAGAAACAAUGCGCCGUUAACCUCACCUGGCCUGAAAAUAGUGAUACAUGGCAAAUUGUUGAUAAUAUGAACAAUUCAUUUGUUUUUUCUGCAUUUGCGGAACCAGAGAAUCAUCGAGUGAAAAUUAUGGGAUUACAUCGCCUGAAUUCAAAUUCAAGCAAAAGUUGUAUUUGCUGGUUUUACAAGGACGCAAAUAAACCAAGGAUUAUUCAAACCAAUGGCACCAUAGUUCUUUUAAACGAUCAUCAUGGCAAAACGUAUGGUGCCAUGAUGGUCACGUGUGAUCUAAAUGAUAAAGGGGUUUGGUAUGCUGUGUCAGUUACACCGUCAAUCAAAGACAAACCACUCAAUCGUAUGAUUCUACAUUAUCCAGAAAAAACUGUUCAGAGAAAUUUCACGCUCUGUCUCUCUGUGAUGCAUUCAAGCUUUGGGAAUGUUAUGGGAUUUGUGGAAGCUCUUGAAUUUGAUAAAGUUCUAGGAGCUAAUCAUUUCGUAAUCCACCAUUUUUCUUCGUCUCAACCAAUGAAAAUCGUCUUAAACGAUUAUAUCAAAAGAGGGGAGGUAACUCUUUUGAACUACAAAUUACCGAUCGGUACGAAGGAUGUUCAUUAUUUUGGGCAAAUUGCUGCAGUGAACGAUUGUGUUUAUAGAUCUCGUGGUAUCUCGCGUUAUGUGGUUGUUGUGGAUAUUGACGAGAUUUUAAUUCCAUACACCUUUAACGAUUGGAUGGAAAUGAUGGACAACUUGACGUCAGCUGAACCGAAAGCGUCGUCUUUUUCAUUCAGGACUACUUUUUUUGACACACAUAUGCCGGAUGACACUAGAGGAUAUCGUCAGAAAGAUUUAGCGACUCGUUAUAAAUUGAGAACAUUGUUAAAAGUGUGGCGAGAGAACUAUAUAUUUGAGUACAAUAGUCGUUGUAAAGUGAUUGGCAAGCCGGAACUGAUAGACGUCAUGGCUAUACAUACCGUGGCUAAACAAAAGCGAGCUCAUAAGCUAAUACAUGUGAAUUAUACUACUGCGUUACUUCAUCACUAUCGGUUAAAAAAUUCUUCACCAUCCAGGAUUUUCAAUGACAAAACGAGACAAUAUAGCAGCCGUGUUGUAGAUCGUGUGAUCAAAAGGUUUAAUAGUAUUCCUACGCCUUGUAUACAUGUGUGAAAGCGUAUUGAACUUCUUUGAACGUUGUGUACACCGUGGGUGUGUGGGUGUGUGUGUGUGUGUGAGAGAUGGAGAGGGGGUGAGAGAGAUAGAGAGAGAGAGAGAGUCAACCGAAUACCACAAAUUAGUGCUAGGCGGAGUAUAUAGGUUCAAAUUCACAACACUAGAAUUAGACCCAUUCCACUCGACACAAAGUCAAAUUUAUUUCAAUAAUUCGCUUGUGCGUAGGACCCAACCGAAUGCAAUGAAAAUUUUUGCUACAGAAUGUUGAACUCGACACGGCGAAUUUGCACGCUUCAGUGGCUUGUUACGCAGUGCGAUAACAGAGUCUACGAGUAUAAAAAUAGCUAUAGUACGUCAAAUUCUCUGCACAUGUAAAUAAAUAUAUUGUUGGCGAUUCUGAAUAGCAAUAAUAUUUAUCUUUUUGGUUAUUACAGCAGCUUUAGAAAUUACGUUCGUUUUAAUUUUUUAAUUGCUUAUCAUUAACUGUACCGUUAUUAGCGGCAUCUUUUGGUUUAGUACAAAUAAUAUCUCUGAAAGACUCGGGUUAGACGGGAACAUGAUACUAGAAGUAGAUUCAUUUUACUUUUACAAGGUUCUUAAACCAAUUUUUGAGUUGCCCAACGUGCGUGUUUCUAAAUUCAAUUUCUUGUUCCAGCUUUCUGUUAUGGUUCGUAAAAAGUAGUCUUGAUUAUCCCGGCCUGUCAAGACUUUGAAUGGACGGUAGAUUUGUUAAGCGAGACUAAUGACAAAUUGCUCGGAUGAUAUGGCCGACACUAGUAACCAUUUUUCAGUCUAUUAUUUACGGAUGGUUAAAUGGUCAUAGCUUAUUAAGUAAAGCAUGACCGUUUAUUUAGUGACUAUAAAUGAGCGAAACUGAUUUAAGGCUUGGUAUGUAUCUAAAUAUUGUGGUGUAAUUGUCGAGAUAUUUGGAGAUAUUUAUUUAUGGUGGGGCACCCUACCAUAGUGCUAGGCGAAGUAUAAGGAGUUCAAACUCACAACACUAGGAUUGGACCCAUGACAAACCCAAACGGUACGCAUUUGAUCUCCCUAAUCUCAGAAAUCAUAAAUAAAUAAAUAUCACCCCAUCAGUAAUGGCGUAUUAAAUAGUUUUACCCUAUUUGUAUUCUUUUAUCGUUUUUUGUUGUCUGCAAAUCUGUGUCACGAGCCUCAAGCAAAAUUUGCUAAGCUAACCAAAUUUAAAUCAAAUAU